GUCCGCAGUCUUUGGUCAUCUCCUGUACUGUGUCCGCAGUCUCUGCUCAUCUCCUGUACUGUGUCCGCAGUCUCUGCUCAUCUCCUGUACUGUGUCCGCAGUCUCUGCUCAUCUCCUGUACUGUGUCCACAGUCUCUGCUCAUCUCCUGUACUGUGUCUACAGUCUCUGGUCAUUCUUUGGUCAUCUCCUGUACUGUGUCCGCAGUCUCUGCUCAUCUCCUGUACUGUGUCCGCAGUCUCUGCUCAUCUCCUGUACUGUGUCCACAGUCUCUGCUCAUCUCCUGUACUGUGUCUGCAGUCUCUGGCCAUCUCCUGUACUUAUAUCCGCAGUCUCUGGUCAUCUCCUGUACUAUGUCCGCAGUCUCUGCUCAUCUCCUGUACUGUGUCCACAGUCUCUGCUCAUCUCCUGUACUAUGUCCACAGUCUCUGCUCAUCUCCUGUAUUGUGUCUGCAGUCUCUGGCCAUGUCCUGUACUGUGUCCUGCAGUCUCUGGUCAUGUCCUGUAGUAUGUCCUCAGUCUCUGGUUGUCUC